UGGGGUAUUACUGAGGUGGGGUAUUUCAUUGUAUUGUAUUGUAUUUUGUAUUGUAUUGCUCUUGUUUGCAGGAGGAUGCCAGGCCCGACCGGGACUCAGAGCCAUGAGCUCAUUCCUGGAUAUGUAACAUCUCUGUCUUGUGAGUUUGUUUGUGUCUCCACAGGUCCGGCUGACAGGAAGAGAGAGUGGCAGAGAGACAGCCAGCAGAGCCCAGAUGAUGGACGUCCGUUCACUUCUUCUCAAGACUCUCGGAGAGCAAAGGCAAAGGCAGAGGAAGAGGAGAAGCGUGAUUCCCGUGACUGGAGCGGCAUCAUCCCAGACCAGAGGACUGCACCGAUACCCGAGAGAAGAGCUGAGGGCAUCUGUGCUUUCUUACGGAGAAUCGGGAAGGCUGUAAAGCUGGACUGCAGUGAGGUCGAUAUACUUGUGUCCACAUAUCCCUCCUGCAAUCCCACGGAUGUCCAGCAGGAUUCAUCCGAGUUUUACUGGGCAACACCAGUGCAUCCGUGUCCAUCUGGAGUCCAGCUGCCGGUUAAUGCCGAUCCGGACGAUCCCGAAGACUCUUGCACAUCUGUCCUGGACCCAGAGCCGGCAGUGGCGCGAGAUCUAGAGCUGAUGUCUCUCUCAGGAUUGUCCAGUCUCUCUAGUAUCGAGCUGACGCCGGACUCUAUUCAGGACGAUCCUGACGAUGCAUCGUCUGUCCCGGAUUUUGCUGAAAGCCAAACACAGAAGAAGAAGAAAGAUGUGGGUGCGUUUCUCCGUAGGAAAUGGAGGGCUAUGAUAGCGCCGGCUGUUGAAAAACAAUCAAGAAGGAGGGUGAAGAAAGGCUCAUUCAUCCAACGAACAUGGAAAACUCUAAAGGUUUCCGCUCUUGGCUGUUACGGGGACGACACAGUGGACCCAGAUCCAGCAGAUCUACAGCCACAGAUAUCUGUCCUCUCCAGGGACUUAACCGAGCCAGGUCCAUCUCACCGCGAGAUCAGUUCUGACCAGUUACCCUUCUCGGGUCCAUCUCACCGCGAGAUCAGUUUAGACACGUCACCCUUCUCAAGUCCAUCUGGUUCCCAGUCAAGUUUCUUUUACUCCGAUUCAUCGUCUGCUCCAUGUCUGACCGAUCUUCUCUCAGAGUUAUCAAUUUUAAUGGGAGAUUACGAGCCUGUUUCCAGUUAAUCCAGUCUCAAGCUGAUCCUGAGCUGAGUUGUAGGACUGUGCACACGUUUCUUUUCUGUAUUGACUAAGCCUGAAUUGCGGAAGAAUCAUCAAACUGAAGCUGAAAUUGGGCAACCUGAUAUACACGGACACUGUUGGUUGAGGACUAAAUUGGACUUAGUGUGAUUUCAAUUUUCCACGUUGCUGUUGUUUUUUUGUUUUUUUUUCUUGAUUGUUUCAAGUCCUUUUGUAUUUUAUUUUCAUUUUUUACAUUUUUUAUUCUGAUUGAAUAUUGUAUUGGUUUCUCUCAUCUUUUCCUAUUUUGUUUCUAAGGUGACGAGAGUUGAAAGGAGAAUUUAAAGGGUAAUUGGGUGAAAGAGUUGUAGCUAGAAUUAGAUUCAAACGUAGCUAAAAUUAGGUCAGACGCGUCUCAAGCCAUUAUACGGCUGCAACUGCAAAUAUACGGCUGGAGCGUUUGGUUGUUGGUUGUAGAGCGAGACACUGCUUCACUGCUGCUCGCCCUGCGAUCGAUUGCCAAACUCACUUUCUUUACACUCACUUACAAUCGAACAUUUUCCUAUACGUGACUCGUGCGUCUACACUACACCCGUACCACUAAAAAGACGGAUUAUACCCAAGUCUUGAGUCAUAAAUUAGUAUAAAUACUAAUAGCAUCACCUUUUUGUAUUUUAUUUAUUUUUAUUUAUUUUCAUUCAAUAUCCAGAUCCACCAUUUUCACAUUUAUUUCCAUUUUCACAUUUAUCUCCCAGUUUAAAGCUAGACUAAAGAUGCAUUUAUUUAGCCAGGCGUUCAUAUAAAAUGUUUAUCUUACAGUUACUGUAAAUUUGGCCUCUAGUUUAUGCCCCGACUGAGCCUGGGUUCUCCCAAGGUUUUUUUUUUUUCUCCAUCGGGUCACUUGAUGGAGUUUUUCGGUUCCUUGCCACUGUUGCCAUUGGCUCGCUCAGUUGGGGAUAUUCAAAUUAAAUGACCCAUCAUACCAUUGAUCAGCUCCACCAAACUUGGAUGUCUUUUUUUUUUUCCAGUAAUAAACAAACACUGUUAAGUUCUUUUGAUUGAUACUGUGAAGCAGAUUUGAUACAAUCUGUAUUGUAAAAAGUGCUUUUUAAAUAUAUUUGACUUGACUAUUCUACACACUUUGUAUUCAUGUAUAAUGUAUGCUUGUAUGUACGACUUAAAACUCAUCUUUAUUCAUUGGCUUUUAAAUCAGACUGAGAGUAAAUCUGCUUUUUGUUUUGUUUUGUCUUGUCACUUGUUUAAUUGUGUCUUGUGCUUUUGUCAUGUGUUUUUAAUUUUUGUCUGAAAUUAUUUCCGUGUUCAGCACUUUGGCAAACCUCGGUUGUUUUAAAUGUGCUUUACAAAUAAAAUUGUAUUGUAUU